CACAAACAGCCGCAGUAUCGACAAACGUUCACAAAACGUUUAGACGUAACAACCAUAGUGUCGUUUCUCUCCUUAUUUUAGUAAUUAGUCCUUUAUAUAUUUAAAUCUCCUUCAUUUUAUUAGUUCAUGUGUUAAGUGUUCAGUAUAUCGUUAUAAUAAUGCUAAGUGCCGCAUCGAAAAACGUCUUUUGAAGCAAUUACGUAAUGGGAAUUAUGCUAGACAAGUUUAAAGUUUUGCUCUGAAAUUUCAACAUGGCCGCUGAUACAGGGAUGGACACUUGCCCUAGUCCAGAGAUUACGGACUCCAGGAAGCGACCCCUGGAUGGAGACUCAGAAAAUGGAGAUGUCAAGAGAUCACACUUCAGCUCGGUGCAAGACUUGGUGACCGCGUUGCCUCUGGCCAACGGCCAUGGCUCUAUUACGUCUCAUUUCGCAGUGGAGCCGACAUACCACUUCAAGGUACUGGUGCCUUCGAUGGUGGCUGGCGCGAUCAUCGGCAAGGGCGGGGAGACCAUCGCUCAGCUGCAGAAGGACACAGGGGCCAGGGUCAAGAUGUCCAAGUCGCACGACUUCUAUCCUGGUACAAUGGAACGCGCUUGUCUGAUCACCGGCUCGGUGGAGGGGAUCAUGGUUGUGUUGGACUUCAUUAUGGAGAAGAUUAAAGAGAAGCCAGAGCUCGUGAAGCCAUUCCCGGAGGGAGUCGACACUAAAAUGCCCCAGGACAGAGACAAACAGGUGAAGAUCUUGGUGCCAAACUCGACAGCUGGCAUGAUAAUCGGCAAAGGCGGCAACUACAUCAAGCAGAUCAAGGAACAGAGCGGCAGCUACGUUCAGAUCUCGCAGAAGGCCAAGGAAUUGUCCUUGCAGGAGAGGUGCAUUACUGUUGUGGGCGAGAAGGAAAGCAACAAGAAGGCCUGCCUCAUGAUCCUUCAGAAGGUGGUUGAUGACCCUCAGUCCGGGUCGUGCCCCAACGUAUCAUACGCGGACGUGGCCGGACCGGUCGCCAACUACAAUCCGACGGGAUCGCCCUACGCUGUACCCACCGCCGAGGUGAAAGAGAGUCACGGGCUCGGCGGUGCGGUGGGCGGAGUGGGCGGGGUGCUGAUGAACGGCGGCGGCGCGCUGGGCGGGCUGGGCGCGCUCGCCCUGCAGCUGUACCUGGCGCCGCCCGGCACCCCGCCCUCCGCGCCCAUCACGCAGCACACCCUCGACCACAUCAAGGGCGCGCUGCGGCAGGCCGGCUACAGCGAGGCUGGGGUGAGCGAGAUCGGCGCGGCGCUGGGGCUGCUGGUGAAGCACGGCGUGCUGGGGCUGGGCGUGGGGGGCCCGAUGCCCGCGCCGCCCGCGCUCUCCGCCGCCUACUUCCCACUGCCCGCGCAGGACCCGCCCGCCGUCUUCGGACCCCUCGCGCAGGUCUCGCUAGGCGGCGCGCGCGGCGGCUCGCUCGACCGUUUCGCGGAGGUUGCAUUCGAGGCGCUUCGCCCCCCAGCCGUGGCGCCCAUCUCGCUGCAAGGCGGCGUGCCGUUCCCGUCGGCCUCGCUGCUGCCGCUGUCCAAGAGCCCCACGCCGGCCGACGCGCAGCCCAAGGACUCUAAGAACGUCGAGAUAGCGGAGGUCAUCGUCGGCGCCAUCCUCGGGCCGGGAGGGCGCAGCCUGGUGGAGAUACAGCAGAUGUCCGGGGCCAACAUCCAGAUCUCGAAGAAGGGCACGUUCGCUCCCGGCACCCGGAACCGCAUCGUCACCAUCUCCGGCUCGCAGACGGCCAUCAGCAACGCUCACUACCUCAUCGAGCAGAAGAUCCAGGAGGAGGAGCUGAAGCGGACCAGGCACAACGCCAUCUCGACCCUCAUGCAGUAACUACGCUCCCUCGCCCUCGCCCCUCGGCACCGCGCCACGCGCAAGUAGCGCCGCGGGGGGGGGCGCCGCGGGGGGGGGCGCCGCGGGGGGGGGCGCCCGCUUGCCGGCUGCUCACUCUCAAAUGAAUAUUUACAUCCACUUACACCCUAACAACAUGACGCAUCUAAUUCGUAAAUCGCAACGCAAAGUAAAAAUAGCAGUCAAAAAACGUUUUGUGUAAACUUGAACGUGGACUCUGGGAUUGCGACGUGAUGAUUUUCCCAUGCGUUACUGUCGUACUCCAUAAUCGAUGAAAAAAAGCGAAAAUGUCGUAUCUUGAAAAACCCAACUGUAUAUCAAAGCCAUAAAUCGAUGUAUUUAAAUUAACAUAAUCAGAUACCACUAUACACAGACAGGCUUUAGAUACCACACCAUACUAAUUUUCCACUUUCUAUCUCUAUAGAUAGGUAUAAUAUGAGUUAUGUAUUUUUGGAAAAAGUUGUAUAAAUAGCUCUGGUGUAAAGUUGACUUAUUCAGUUACAACAAUUUCGCUUUCUUCAGUCGUUAUAUAGAUCGCGUCACUCGAAUAUUCAUUUCAAAGUGAGUAAUGCACAUGUCAGCCGCCUUAGCGUAGUUCUAGUCAAUGCAGUCUGGUACCAGACUAGCCGCAGGGCGUCUCAAGCCUAAAUAGUAAAUAAAAUGAUUUAUUUAAAGUAAACAAUAAUAUGGCGCGUGUUACCUGAACAUUUAUGAUGUGUUACUUUAAAAAUAACGAAACGAUUAGUUCCGCAGCUCUCGUUAUGGGUCGCACGCUGUUUUGCUUAGUUAAAAAAUAGCACGCGAUUUUCGUUAACGCUAUUUAAAAUGCAAUAAAAAUAUGUAAUUUCUCUUAAUAGGAUUUUGAUUCAAAGGGGACAUUUGAUUUUAGAAAUGACAAUAUAUAACUCGAUGACGUUGUCGAUGACGCGUGCUAUUCAAUCGUUUAGCAGUUAAUCGACGAAAGUGAACGUUAAAAGCUGGAACUGAAUUAGAAUGACAGCUUCCGUCGCGUCUGGACAACUUCGUCCAGCAGCGCCUGGAGUCCUGCGCGUGUGGUCUGGUUCCGGCCGGUCGGGGACAGUGCAAUCUGCAUCACAGCCGGCGACCCAUAGCGACACAUAGUUCUCUAUUUACAAUAAUAAAAUGAUAAUAUAAAUAAUUUUAUGUAUAUUCAUUUAAAAACGUGUUUAAAACUUUAUAAAAGGGAGGAAUAGCGUCGAUAAUAAUGGUUUAACUCGGUCGACGGUCGCUGUCCGCUUAGCGGGCUCGUUGUUACGCGGCCGCGGUGUGCGCGCUACGUUUUCUUGUGCGACAUUCUGGCGAGCGAUUAGCGUUUCAUCUCUAUCGUUUUGUUAAAAAUAGCUCGUUGACUUUAGCGUAGAGAGCGGCGCUACACUAGAGCUCACCUCGGCGGUCUCUACGAGCGCCGUGACGUCAGCUCUGUGCUCUUAGUGCGAGUUUUUUUAACGUUCUCAGCGCCCCUAGCGGCAAACGUACCAACUCCAUGCAAAGUUGAGUUAACUUUUACGCUAUCGAGAACGUUACAAAACUCUCACUAAGUACCCUCGUUGUUUUACGAGGUGAAGCCGUUGGAUGUUGUUGUUGUUGUCGACGAGACGUUCACUGUACAACUGUUAGAGUUACCGUGUCCUACCUCAUUAGUCGGAUGUAAGUGUUUGUUGCUUGUUCUCGUUAUAACGAAUGUCGCACAAGAAAAUGUAACGUUACAAUAAAAAAAAAACGAUCGCGGUCGUCUGUUAUGUUUUAAGUUUCUACAUUAUUAUUAUUAUAAUUAUAUUUUUUUUGUAAACGAAACUUAUGUGAUAAUCGUCCUAUCACGGAAAUUCCUAUUCCACACAUUUUUGUUGUUCACGACAUUAUUAAUUAUUUACAAUUUCAUUUGUAAAUGUUACCAUUGAAUCUAAGUUAUUGUUAGUUUAAUUGUUCAUUCGUUAGGAUUUAAAAAAUUUAAUACGAAAUCGAUUUUGUCGGAGAAUCGAUUCUUGAAUCGAGAUAUCGCACGGCGGAAAGCGCUCAGGGCAUCUCAGGAGCCAAAUAAUGAUCCUAACCAAAGUAGAUGUUUAAUUAUAUUUUUUAUUGCUUAAAAAGUACAUAUUUUAUUUUUAAAUUUUGUUUGAAAAUUAUUUUUUAUCCCUUGACCCUAUACGUAUUUGUGUCUGGUUAGCAGAAUGCAGUCAUUCCUGAUUUCUCUCGGUGAAGAUCUUUUAUUUUUUAUACAAUUUUUUUAUUAAUGUUUGUGAUUAUAAAAAGUUUGAAAACUAUUAUUAUUAUUAUUAUUAUUUUCUCUUUAAUACGAUUGCAAAAUAUAUUUUUAUUGAAUGGUUGAGUUUUGAUUGUCGUCGGUCUAAAUUUAUAAUUACGAUGUAAGUACAAGUUUAUUGUUAAAUGUCCAGAUGUUGAAUUUUGAAUAGGAAAGUUUGACACUGUCACUGCGUUUGACAGUUUGAAAGUUUGACAUCUUGUGACGUGUCCGUACGCAGACCGUCGCUUAAUUGCCUCGUAUCUUCAGCACCGGGUGGCCCCGGCAGGGCAUCACACACGUACGCUCAUACUAUCUACUGUGUAGACAACGAUAAAAGUAAAAUUAGUCGCAAUCAAUAAUUUCGAUUGGCUGAUCGUUAUUUAGAAACUGUAUUUAAUGUUGGAACUUGGAGUUGAACUGUACGCGUACAGUUGGAGGCCUGCCCGGGACGCGCGGAGCAGUCGGCCAUUACUGUUCGUUGUUUGAAAAUGUUUCAACUGUAAAUCGAUUUUUGUAUCGAUAUUGCUAAAUCGAUAUCUGUUGUACGUUUUUAAGCGUUUGCGUUCGAUAAUUGAAUAUGUUUCAGCUGUGAAUCGAUGUUUGUAUCGAUAUUGUUAAAUCGAUUUCUGUUUUACGUUUUUAGCCGUUUGAUAUAGCUUCAGUGGUAGUUUUAAAAAAAAAAAUGAAUAAAAAAACAAAAAUACUGUGAUUCUUCAUUCGAUUCUGUCGAGGUACUCCGCGCCGGUCGCGACAAUGUUGUAGACGGCGCUAUCGUGCCAGACACAUCGUUAAAACCAAUUCUCACCAUCUGCUGGGAAUAAUGCCCAAGGGCAACAUACAUUAACGAGCACAAAUUCCCAAAAAAACACUGAUUUGUGGACGGCCACGAUGCUGUCUACGAUAUUCCAAAAGAUAGAUCAUCAUCGAUGGUAUUUAUUUCUAAAUUUGUUUGAUAAUGUAUCUUAAUGUAAGUAUUGCUGAUUACCUCGACGAGUGCCAUCGCGUGGGCAGAGCGUGGACGACAAAGGGCAAAGUAAACACCUUCAGAUAACCCGCGACGGGAAAUGAGUUUUGAGAGGUCGCCUUGGUGUGAUUUUGUUGGUGUGAAUAUUAAUGAUGUCUAUAAUAAUAUAACGAUUACGUGACGCCGAAGAAAAUUAAAUUAAAUUUAGUUCACUUCAGUACACACGGUCCAUUGAAAGUGCAUAAUAAUUCAUAAUAAAUUAUUAAUUAAAUUUCACAUAAUCUACUUAAACCGUAUUAUAUUCAAGCACUUAUUAUGUGAGAUAUAAUCCAAUUGUUGUGUUAAUUAAAAAAACGAAAUUCAUUUCUCGUUCUUAUCUCAACGUGUCAUAUGCUCUUCUGUAGUAAGUAAAACAUACGAUUUUGUUAUAAAAAAAAAAGAAAAGAAUAUUUUCAACGUUACUAAAGCCAGACACCAUUCGAACUGCGAUUUUAUUUGAAUGUUACAUUUGAUUUUGUUGUUUAAUAUAAAACUAGUUAGUGACAAGUCUUUUUCGUAAAUGUAGUAAUUUAGGGUAAUGGUUAACGUGUGUCCGUAUGUCGACGUUACGCGGCGACCGUAGUCGUGGCGACGAUACGGUGACGAUACGGUCACGACACGGCGACGACGCGGUGACGACACGGCGGUCCGUAAUGGAGGCGGUCUAAAGAAGUACAAAAAGAAAAACGUCUAACCGAUACCAAGAAUAAAUUUUUAUUCGGUUUUAUGAAGUGGAUGUUUGUCUCCAACGCAAGCUACGUACCGUCCGUCGCGUCGUCAGCCGCGGCGGCGCCGAGCAAGGUCGUCUGUAAAGUGUUUCCUGUCCAACGACACUUGAUGCUACGUUGUUUUAUUGUUAAUUAUCUUAAUGUAAUAAUAUUAUACGAGUGUUAUGUAGUUAACGCCGUGUAGAGAAGCAUUCUAGUUGAUAGUUUAAAUGUUUCAAUUCUAUCUUUAAAUAAUAAGUAAAAGUUCUUCGUAAAAAAUAUUCGGGUGUUUUUUCGAAAUACCUUCAUGUUGUUUAUUAAAAAUAAAAAAAACGUUUUUCGGUGGUUUCUUAGGUACAUUGUAGUCUACGUCAAUUAAAUAAUUAAGGAGACCAACGCGAUCGCGAAUUUGAACGCAAUGUAUCACAAAAUCCAAGUCUCAAAACGCAAUAAUUAUCUUAACGUUACAUUCGUCUAGCAACACCGCACGCCCGACGUGCUGGCAACACAGGAUCGCGGUCGCGCUGUCUCCGCAGGCCGUGUGGCGUGCCAGGAUUUUACAAGCUCAAUUUUAACGAAAAAAUUAAAUAAAAAUCGAAUAGAAUACGUUUAAGUGAAAAGUCAAUUAAUGUCACAUGUCAGAUAACCGUGCGACGCGGCUUGGUCCCGCGCCCCCCUCCCUGGUCCACUACACUGUCCAAACUAUGUCCCUUGCGUUAUAUGCCUAGUUACUGGUAUCCUAUGGAUACAUUAAAAUUUAAUAACUGUCCUUCUUAGAUGAACGUCAAAGUCGAAUUUUGCAGAGGUUAAAGAAAAAGAGUGGAAAAUGCCUUUUAUUAAAUCUUUGGAUCUUUUAUUGUACCAGUAACCGAUUUGUGGCGGAGUAAAGGUGUCUUCUUGUAGUAUCCACUCUAUUCCGAGAUACCAUAACACAUUAUUCGCGGUCUAACGUUCACGUUUGGGCUGUAUCACGGUUUUUGUGAACCUGAUCAAUUCGUUGAAUGAUUAGAAACUUCAGUCACUGGAACCCGACAGAAGUGACAUACCAAUUUAAGUAUCCUAUACUAAGGCAAUUGCAAAAGUCCGCGUUACUUAAGGACCUGUGAUUUGGGGGGCGCGGUAGGAUAGUUUCCAGUUCUUAGAUUACAUUUCUCGCUCUUCUCUUCUAAGUCGACUUGCCUCUUAUUGUUAAACGCUGGGGAAGUUUGGAAGCUUAUAAUGAUAAUGAAUGAAGCCUGUUAAGCACGAUCAGAGGGGAAGUCGAUCGACAGUCUCUCCGGGCUAAAUCCCGACCGAGACGACACAAGCAACGCCUGGGUCCUCCUCGACUUGUUUCGCGCCAGGCUGACUAUUCAUCUGUCAUUAGACUUCACACCUUCCUGCACGUCGCGUUGUGUGCGGCGAGCCGCCCACAUUCCAGCUAGGUUUUAAGUAUCGCUCUGUCUGUAUUCAUUAAUUUAAAGACGAUUUUCAGUUGUUAAGUCACCGCUAUCUCUCGUCCUCCUCUAAACCACUGGCUGUCUCGCUCUAACUGACGCGCCGCACAGAACGCAACGCAGGCUAAUAGUUAUCGAAGGAAUUCUAGUUAGUUUAAAUUAUAUAAUUCAUAAUAAACCAAUAUAAUGGGUACUUAUAGUGAUAAGUUUUAAAGAAAAUAAUUACUGGAAAUAAUAUGUUAAACGUUGUUAUACUGAAGUUGUUACAAUAUUUGAGAGUAUAUUAUCGUGGAUUUAUAAUUUAGCCGGGUUACGAUUAACGUGGAAUGAUAAUAAAUAGUGAAACGUCCCGAGAUCCCGACCCCUAGGUGCUUUGGGCCGACGACCGCCGGUACUGACACGCACGACUGGUAUUCAUUGGAAAUUUGCGAUCAAAACAAGAUUUGGCAAGCAUCGUAUGAAAGAAGUCACUAAAUGGUAUCAAAAUAUGUUCUUCACGUUUAAAUAGCCAUAUUUCUGAAAAAGCACGAAGAGUUUAAUAUUGAACAUAGCAUACCUUUGAUUAAUGAUUUUGAAAUAUUACAUUUAACGACCGGACUUGCUAUUGCAUACAUCAAAAGAUAUCGCCCUGCGUGUUUCUGCAGUGAGGCACCCGGGCGUUCCGGUCCUUGGUUAGCACAGGGGGACAGCGCUGCACAGAGUACCGGUCACGUCCGCGGAGGUCGGUCCCGGCACGCCGUUGUUCGCUCCCGUAGUCGCACUCCGAAGCGCCACUCCACUCCGCUCCACAACUUGUAUUUCGUAGUUUAAGGUAGCUAGUUCUCUUCUCCGAACGGGCCCGGGUCCCUGACGAGACUCGGGCCUCGAUAAUAUUAGUAGCUAAAUGUUGUUGAAUUUGUUGAUAGAGUGGUUUAUCGUAUAGCGUUAGUCGGUAUAGACGCGAAGGUGGCAGCCGCCGGGUGCGCUAGGUUAGUCUAAGGUUCGAUACUGUGUUUAGGACAAAUGGCUGUGCGUUCAAGUCGAACGAACAUUAAGACAUCCCCGCGCCGCUAGGUCGGGCGCGCAUCGCACGCGACCGCCGGACGUGCUCACGUUACACAUAACAUUGUUUCAUUUACGUUCUGUAACUUGCUCAUUGUCAUCAAUUUAUUAAGACUGAGGAAUCAACUCGCGCAUCGACAUGGUCACGACACGCGCCCCGGGCUGUGGGGAUCUUGUAAUGUAAUUGUUUUAUCAUAGGAUUGUUGGAGGUCGUUAGGACGGUGCCGGCGGCGUGGUGCGAGCGCCUCGCCUCGUCUGAUCUUUACACAUGUUGAGAUUGUAUGUUAUACUAAUUCUAUUGAAUUGUAACUUGUUGCGUAUUGUAAGUGGCUGCGGCCGCGGCUCUACCACUUCAAUGAUGGAAUUAUUAUUUUACGUGUAAUGUUGUAAUUGUUUUUUUUUUUGUUUUGUUACUUUGUUAACUUUAGACGGGUUCGCAAUGUUGGUAGGCGUGAAUGUAACAAAAAAUUAUGUACCUAUUUUCAUUAAGUUUGAUUUUCUAAAAAUUUUAAUUGAUUAUUUUCUUUUUAAAUUCUGUACAUGUUGAAAAUGUUGGUCAAAAGUUUAUUGUUCGCGCAGUAUGUAACACUUUGAAAAAAUUAACGUUUUAUUUUUCAAUGUUGUAAAGUUAAGAGGUAAAAUGGAAAGGUUACAAUGUCUUAGUGUUAAAUGCUCGAAAACCAUUUAAAAGGUACCUUGAACAUUGUCUAUAUUAUAUUAACAUUAAUAAAUGCAAAAACUUUAAAAA